AUUUUAUAUGCAGUUAUCGAAUACUCGUGUUUAUCUAAUUACUUGCUUGUAUGUAACAAAUAUCAAUAUAUUCUGAAUGAAGAUGAAAUUAUGUACAGAAUUUUCAUUGACUGCUUUAAGACUGAAAACAAUAUAUGUGUGUAUUAUGACUUAUUCACAAUCAAAAAGAUUUCAUUGUAUUUUUUAGUAAAGCACACCAUACUGAAGAAGGGGACGAUGAAGAUAUGGAUCACUCAAAAAACAAGGAAGAAGAUAAAGAUGAAAACGAAAAUGAGCAUGAAGAUGAAACUGAAGAGAAAAAUGGGAAUGAUGAUAAAACCAAAGAAAAGGAUGAAGAAACACAUGAAAAUGUAGGGGAAAAGCAUAAAGUCAAGGAGAAAAAGAAAAAUAAGGAUAACAAUAAAAAGAAAAGUGAUAGUGAAGAUGAGAAUGUGAAUGAUGAAAAUGUCGACUCAAAACAUGGAAUGAAAGCAAUAUAUAAAGUUCUAAAGAAAUCUUUUAAAAAUGGACGUAUGAAAAUGUACAAAACAUUCGAUACUUAUUUGAGAAAAGAUGAUUUAGACAAGAAAAUGCUUGAAGUUGCUAAAAUCCUUAGCAGACGUAUUGAAAAACGAGCGGAUUAUCUAGCACAGAAAUUGAAAGAAAUGUUAGCAUAUGAAACAUCAUAGCAACAUAAAGUUUCAUUGCCUUAUUAAUUGAGUACAUAUAUAUAUAUAUAUCUUUGCAUUCAACAAUCUGAAAGCAUUACAGGAUACAUAAAUGUUCUAUUGAUCUUACAAAUAUAUCAUCAUUACUACUACUACUACUACUACUACUACUACUACUACUACUACUACUACUACUACUACUACUACUACUACUACUACUACUACUACUACUACUACUACUA